CUUUUCCUGUGUCUGCGGGCGCUGAUUGGACGACGUCUUGGAGUGGGAGGGGUCAGAGCUGUUGCUAUGCGAGCAGCCGCCGGGUGGAAUAAGAUGGCGGCUAUGGAGCCGGGGUCCCGGGCAGGGGAGAGGAGGCAAGACCGGCGGUUGUGACACCAUGGAGACGGCCGGGACCAGCGCCGGUCUAUGGGAGAGGAGGGACAGCCCGGGACACCCGGCUCAGGAACACUGUCCUGGUGUGAACAAUAAGCCCUAUGUGUGUGAGAGCGGACACUGCUGUGGGGAGAGCGGAUGCUGCACCUACUACUACGAGCUGUGGUGGUUCUGGCUCCUCUGGACUGUUCUGAUCCUGCUGAGUUGCUGCUGCGCCUAUCGCCAUCGUCGCGCCAAGCUGCGCCUGCAGCAUCAGCAGAGGCAACGGGAGAUCAACCUCAUUGCCUACCAACGUGCCUGCCACUACCCGCCAUCCAUGCUGGACCUUAGGGUGUUGUCAUCUUUUAAGCUUCCAGCCUAUGAGGAAGUGGCUUAUCGGCCCACCACCCCUCCUCCUCCAUACAGCUCUGUCCUCACCCAGCUGGGGCUCCCAUCUUCUUCUCCACCCCCACUCCCUCCAUCAGACCCCCCGUCCUUCUCCCCCAGCUCCGAUCAUUCCAGCAGCUGCUCGUGUACGUCUGGCUGCAUGUUAUCCGGCAGCAGCUCCUUCUCCGUCCAGGUGACAGAUGAGACCGACACCAGCCUGGGCAGUGCGGUCAGCGAUGGCAGGAGCUGGGAUCAGACCCCCGAGGAGGAGGAGGAAGAGGAAGAAGAGCAGGGGGCCUGUGGCCGUGAGCGCCCCUUUCACAAGCAGACUGCCUUCUCUUCCUAUGUGGACUUCUUUGAUUCUCACCAAUGCUGGGACAUUGAGGAAGAGGAUGAGGAGGCUGAAGAAGAACCUUAUCGGCAGAGGAGACUGACCGGGGACUCAGGGAUUGAGGUAUGCCUCUGUCAGGUGAGGGGGGAGGAAGAAGAUGGAGAAGACAGUGGGCCCCUGCACGAUGAUCCAGCCUGUGCUCAGAGGAAUAAAUCCACAGAGUCUCCUGUAGAGAAGAGUGACACUGAACCAAACUCCCCCAUCCAGCCCGUGUAGGAACCCACUGAGGAACCACAGUUGUCUGCUGAAACCCAGCCGAAGUAUUGGGAGUGCCACUGAAUUAUCUGGACCAGCCAAGGGGAAUGUACACAGACCAACUAAUGGGUGGGUGGGGGGUGCUAUAUCAUAGCUUAUGUAAUCACAGGUAGGACAGAGUAAUUAGCAAGUCUAACGAGGGGGGGGGGUGGAGCAGCAGACAAAUACGUGUAGCUGUGCUGUAUACCCUGACCGUGGUCGGGUUGCAUUGGACGGUUAUUUGAUGCUGCGGGGCCGGCUCUACAGGGCUCAUGGGGACUUUUGCUGACCAUUUGCCCCCUCAGUGUCCUUCACUGGUGAAUGACCUUAUUAAAUCUGAUGUAUGGGCAAGUGAUGGUCCCCACACUGCCAUGAGCUUUUUUGUAGAUCCAUCCUAGUCCGUUCUUCAUAUGGCCAGUAAUGGUGAAGUCUACACUUACCGAGCAGUGUGCGUGCGUGCGUGUGUGUGUGUGAGGGGGGGUUCUAUAUAUACAUAUACUAUUGUAUACGAUGGAGUGUGCGUUACUACCAAAUAAAAGCUGUUUACAAGUA